GAUCUCCGAUUGAUCUCCAUGGAGACUGUUGCUACUAGCGAUAGUCACAACGACGCCAUUUUGGUUGUUGAUGCUACUUGUUUCCACGUCUGUGCUGACAUUUUGCUCUUUAUCCCGCACGCAUCUCACGUUCUGCACGAUGUAUGCUUCUGUUGCUUUGGCCUAUCAUCAAGCUGUAGACGAUCUCCACAGGUUUAGGACCUACCCGGCCCCCGUCUCCCAAAAGACUCUCCCAGUCCCUGAUCCUCACCCUGGUGUCUUCACGAUCACCGUCAACCCCCUCUACUCCCUGCCCGACACCCUGCCCUCCUUCCCCGUCCUUGCCCCCAGAGCCCGUCCUCAAGUUGUGGAGAUCGAUCUUGGUGAAGAAUCCAAGCAGCCCCAGUCGUGCUCGGCUGUCCUUGUGUCCUGUGUGAAACACAUGUUCCAGAGUUUCUUCACACAGAGAUAGACUUGGAUGUGUUUGAUGUGCCCGUGUUGUGUGAACUGAUAGCUUUUGGACCUUUUGGACAAAUCAUUUGGACUAUUGUGGCUUUUUUUUUUAUAAGAUAUCUAUUGUUCACACAUGAAUUAAAAUUUAUGUAAUUAUGUAAAAUUGAAUAUGAUGAGCUUUUUGCUUGAAGGACCAAUCUUGUUUAUUAUUUUGUGUAUGCCUAUGUAAACUUGAUGACACAUGAAAUCAAAAUAUGGCUUAUAGGAUGUCCAUGCGAAACUGUCGCUUCAACCAACCCUUUACUUUAUAAGUCAUGUCAACAUUCUGGAGUGUUGUUCAUAAUAUCAGUCUCAAUAGACUAAAGCUGGUAUUUAUUAACAUAAACUGUGAAAAUGAUUUUGUAGGAUCGAAAGAAAACCUAAGUUCUCAAUCUGACAUCCAACUUUUGAACUUGUUGCUGAGUUAGAUUAUUCCUCCUCCUAUUUGUAGUCUUCGGUUUAUCUGGCUUUAUACCAGUGACUGAAAUAUUUAUCACCAUUUAAUCAAAUACUCCUGUCAAUGACUGAUGUUGAUUUUCA